AUGUCAACAGAGACUAAAGAAACCCGACCCGAAGAAGCUAGACCCGAGAACCUGGAAACCGGUUCUAAUGUGGAUCUAUCCGUAGAAGCUCUCGGAAAGCUUACCGCUUACGACGACGACGUCGUUUCCGAUGCGUCGGCGACGGAGACAGACCUCUCUCUAUCGGCGAGUCAAUCAGAGCAACUCCUUGAAGAUGGCCAAAACUCACUGGACGAUAACUCGCCUUUGACGGAGCUUCAACCUCCGCCUCCUCCUCCUUCUCUUCCUCCUCCUCCAGGUACAACAAUCGAAACACGCAUCUCGGAAUCGCUCGGCGAAGAUUCUUCCGAUCUGGUGGCGGAGCAACAAUUGCAAAACCCCAAUGCGGCGGAGCCUGGACCUAGGGCAAGAAAACGACGCCGUAGGAAACGAUUCUUCACGGAGAUAAACGCGAACCCAGCUUUCUCCAGAAACCGACGCAACAGCGUCGGAAAAGAGGUGGAUUCCGAAGCCCUAAUCGCAAUGUCGGUAGGGUUUCCAGUAAAUUCGCUCACGGAGGAAGAAAUCGAAGCCAAUGUGGUUUCUAUUAUUGGAGGUAAAGAUCAGGCGAACUACAUCGUCGUGAGGAACCACAUCAUCGCACUGUGGCGAUCAAAUGUCUCGAAUUGGCUAACGAGAGACCACGCCCUCGAGUCCAUACGCUCCGAGCACAAAACCCUAGUCGACACGGCUUACAAUUUCCUCCUGGAGCACGGUUACAUCAACUUCGGGCUCGCUCCGGUCAUCAAAGAGGCGAAAUUGAGGUCCUUCGACGGCGUAGAGCCGCCUAAUGUUGUGGUUGUAGGGGCGGGUUUAGCCGGUUUGGUUGCUGCUAGACAACUGUUGUCAAUGGGGUUUAGGGUCUUGGUUCUUGAAGGUAGAGAUAGACCGGGCGGGCGGGUGAAGACCCGGAAGAUGAAAGGUGGUGACGGUGUCGAGGCAAUGGCUGAUGUAGGAGGAAGCGUUCUCACCGGAAUCAAUGGGAAUCCGCUUGGUGUUCUGGCGAGGCAACUCGGUUUGCCACUUCACAAGGUCAGAGAUAUUUGCCCAUUGUAUCUCCCAAGUGGAGAGCUUGUUGAUGUUGGUGUUGACUCUAAGAUUGAGGCAUCGUUUAAUAAGCUGUUGGACAGAGUUUGUAAGCUUAGACAGUCGAUGAUAGAGGAGAUUAAAUCAGUGGAUGUGCCAUUGGGUGAAGCGCUCGAGACUUUCCGAUUGGUUUACGGUGUGGCCGAGGAGCCGCAAGAGAGAAUGCUCUUAGAUUGGCAUUUAGCAAACUUAGAAUAUGCAAAUGCUACGUUGUUAGGGAAUCUGUCUAUGGCGUAUUGGGAUCAAGAUGAUCCUUAUGAGAUGGGAGGUGAUCACUGCUUUAUCCCAGGAGGGAACGAGAUAUUCGUACACGCUUUGGCUGAGAAUCUUCCUGUUUUCUAUGGGAAUACUGUGGAGAGCAUCAGAUAUGGAAGCAACGGGGUUGUUGUUUAUGCGGGAGACAAAGAGUUCUACUGCGAUAUGGUUCUUUGCACGGUUCCGCUUGGUGUUUUGAAGAAAGGUGCGAUCGGGUUUAGUCCUGAGCUUCCUGAGAAGAAGAAAGAAGCGAUUCAGAGACUAGGAUACGGGCUGUUGAACAAAGUGGCGAUGUUGUUUCCGUAUAACUUUUGGGGUGAAGAGAUUGAUACUUUUGGGAGAUUAACCGAGGACUCGAGCACGAGAGGAGAGUUCUUCUUGUUCUACAGCUACUCUUCGGUCUCUGGUGGUCCAUUGCUUGUAGCGCUAGUAGCUGGAGACGCUGCAGAAAGGUUCGAGACACUGUCGCCUACUGAUUCCGUUAAACGGGUGCUGCAGAUACUACGAGGAAUAUAUCACCCGAAAGGAAUCGUUGUUCCUGAUCCGGUUCAAGCUCUCUGUUCCAGAUGGGGUCAAGACAAGUUUUCGUACGGUUCUUACUCGUAUGUUGCCGUAGGAUCAUCUGGAGAUGAUUAUGACAUUUUAGCUGAGAGUGUUGGAGAUGGAAGAGUGUUCUUUGCGGGCGAAGCGACUAACAAACAGUAUCCAGCUACAAUGCACGGAGCCUUCUUAAGCGGAAUGAGAGAAGCAGCAAACAUACUUAGAGUUGCUAGAAGAAGGGCGUCAGCAUCGGCUUCAAACCCUAACCAGAGCAGCAUCGACAAAGAAGAAGAAGAUGAUGAAGACGAGGGAGAAAACCGCUGUUUGGAUCAGUUAUUCGAGAUACCUGAUUUAACAUUCGGGGAUUUCUCGGUGUUGUUCACUCCGAAUUCGGAUGAACUCGAGUCCAUGUCAUUGUUGAGAGUUAGCGUACAAAUGGAGAAACCCGAAUCAGGUGUUUGGCUUUACGGUUUAGUAACAAGGAAACAAGCUUUUGAGCUUGGUGAAAUGGAGGGAGAUGAGUUGAGGAAUGAAUACUUGCGCCAUAAGUUAGGGCUUAUACUUGUAGAAAGAAGUAGUCUUUCUCAAGAAGGGGAAUCGCUAAUCUCUUCACUCAAAGCUGCAAGAUUGAAUCGACAAAUCUUCGAUUAG